AUGGACUUCGGUCUGUUUGGAUGUGAGUUGAUUCAACAGAGAGGACACUCUCCCAUUGACCAUGACACUUCACACUUGGUCAGAGUAUCACCCAAGAUCAAACUGGCCUUAACUCACUCCUCCUGGUCCAUUGUGUACGUUGUGAAUCCGAUACAGGUCGGCUGCGCUCAUGCUUUAUCUGCACACAGUUGCCAUUUGCUCGUGAUUAGAUUGCAUGUUUCAUUGAAGCCAACUUAAAUUUCAAGUUAUUUCCCAAUAAAUUCCCCAAUCGCAAGCCAGAGUCUUUACAAUUUUGUUUGGAAGAUAAGAAACAUAAGACAACGACGUGAGGCGUCAGUCGCAUUGACAAACCAUCGAAUACUCUUUGACGGCAUGCAGAGUUUUCCUGUCGGGCAAUGAACUUUAGGACAAGCUUUUCCAGUUGAUGAAAUAUCGAUAUUUGAUAUUUGAAACAAAUAUAUAUGCAGUAUUUUGAACUGAACUAAAACGACAUACAGCUAUUUAAUAGGUCAUUUUAUGCAACUUUUUAGCAUUGUCAUGCAAAAAUGCGUGUUGCAUGCAUUUAAAGGUGAUGUAAAGUCCGUAAUGUAAACAAACGCUUUGUUUACAUUUUGAACUCACUGCUACAGUUGUAAAAUAUGAUUAGAUAUAUAUUAUACUGAAUUUUUAACACUUUUCUGGUUCGUUAUGCUUGUAAAUGAAUACAGACUAGAGAUUCAAUUCAAGAAAGUUCGGAAAGAGCGAAAUAUUAACAACAUUCCAAAGGUUGCUCCCCCACUGAUGGAAUGUUUUGAUGCGCAGAAUAUAUGCGCAGAACGGACUUUACCGCAUCUUUAAAACAUUAUGGUUGCCUCUCAGCUUAUAAUGCAUGAAAAUCUUAUUGUAAUAUAUCAAUAUUUAAGUUAAUCCUUUCUGGGUACCAUGAAUUUAUUUGAUCGUACGUGAUAGCUCUAGCUUCUAGUUUUCCUGCAUGCUAUUUAAUAAAUCAAACAGGGUUAGUAUAUUAACUGUUAUACCCGCUCAAAGACACAUAUACCGGCAUAAUUUAUCGUUAUGCUCUUGUUAUACUGCCUGAGCAUUUUACUAUGUUUGCCUAAUUGCCUGUUAUUUGUCUGUGGUUUAUCAUGUUUAUAACAAAGCUCAGAAGGAAAUAGGAAUGGCUUUAAUUAAUUUAGAAAAGGAUCUUUACAAAUUCCCGAAAAAAAUGCCCUAGUUCUGCGGGAUCAGUAGUACAUGGAUAUUUUGUUUGCGUUAGGCCGGGUUUUUGAGGCCGUGCACGUUGAUGCCACUUUAAGAGACCAGCUGAUGGUGAAUGUUUUCAAGCAAACAGACUAUACGAGGCUUAUGAAAUAACUAAAAAUACAGACAUUUCUAGUCUUCGUAGUCCUCGGAAUAUGGCUUUAUUGUUGCAAAUGGCGGGCCCGCAUAUUGGAGAGGCUACCGACCACGCACCGCUCAGAAUGACAACAAUUAUCACUUAUUUACUGAGACCGAGGGAAACAGCGUGUUUUGUGGACCCGAGACCGCCGUCGAGGGGCCACAAAACACACUGCUUUCCCGAGGUCUCAGUAAAUAAGUGUUUUGUUAUAUAUAGUAUACAAGUGCAAAGUAUGAAUAAUUCACCGGUUUUUGGAGUGAACUUAAUUUGAAACCAAAACUGGAUAAAUGGAACGCCGCAAAUGUUUAGUAAAAAGUUUAAAAAAUGAACUUUGGAACUUCAUGGCCGACACGCAUGCGUAUUGCACCCAUUUUAUUAUUGACCUUUCAAUAAAUGUUUCAUUGCGGACCGGUUGCCGAACAUGACGUUUUGUGGACCGGCACGUGACACGGUUUUGACCAAUCGGCAAACAGAAAAAUUGAACUUUGACAAUAACUAUAUAACAAUGUUAAAUAUCAUAGCAUAUACAAAGUUUCAAUGCUUUACAUAUAUCUCAAUACAUGUAUACAAGUAAAAUUGAUCUAACUAUAUAUGUGUUUAUUAAAGUUUUAAUAAUUAACAUAAUUUAAGAUAAAUAUAAGCUAAAAAUGUUUCUUGAAAAGGUAUAAGUUUUCAAUAAUGAUUUAAAUUAAUUAAAUGUGCAUAAAUGGGCGAAUAAAUACCGUCCCAAAGUUCGGACACAAACGACAACAAAUGCUCUAUCGCAGUAUCUCUGUAGUUCUUUUUAUUGCUUUUCCGACCUCAAUGAACACGUAGGCUUACGUCAAAAGUUCUUUUAUAUAAUCAGGCGCCAUGCUAUUAAUAUAGCUUCAUAUGUUAUUAGGAGGAUCUCGUCUGUAUAGCCAAUGUAGAGAAUGCAGAUAUAUGAUCAUACUUUUUCGCUCCUUUAGUAAGUCGCGUGCAUGCACGCGGUUGAACGCCUUUCAGUUGAUUUAUCAGGAAAGCUCACGAAUACUGUUAUAUUAGUCCAGUUUGGAAGAAAUAAAUCUUUUUUAUUCUAUAAUAUUUUUGAUAACAUAGAACCUUGACUUAUAUGAAUUAUUGUAUUUUUUCUAUUAUAUCUCUAUAUAUUUUUUUGGAUCUCUUCCCAGGGGGGCUGCAAAUCUGUGUGCUUAUUUUAGCCAUACUAUCUUCAUCCUGUGGUGUUUGGUGAUAGAUUGUGAAGUGGUCGAUUGCCUGUCUGUGCUGGUACAAUUUAUUUUGCAAAACACGCCGCCCAAAACAAUAGCUGUUUUUGUUGAGCUGCAUCAUAUCAAUCAUUACUUAUUAUAGUGAAGUGAACUAGUCCCAUUCUUAAACUGAAUGACCUCGUGACUCAGGGAUUAUAAAAAGGGCGUCCUUGUUCGUGUUUUCAAAGCAUUCGACAGCAGCAAGAAGACGAGCAUCAAGAGCAACAAGCAGAAUAUUUCUCUGAUUCUGUAAGUUUUUAGAAUAUUGAUAUCUGUCUAUAUAAGUGGAGCUUCCCGCAUCAUGGCAUGUAUAUUAUUUAUUGCAUAGAUUGAUUUUUAUUGUGGUCAGUAUGUGUUAGGCCCCAUCCUUUAUAGGUAUACUUUCCUCUCCGUUUUGCCCCUUGGUGGCACACGUUUUUGGACACCCAAUAAACGGAGACUUUCGAAAACGCUUUCCCGUUUAAGUAUUAACACAUUAUUAUAUUUCUAGAUUAUGGCUACUUUCUUCCAGGAAGCAAAUUACCAGGGACCUUCCAAGGUAAUGUAUAAAAGAUUAUUUUAAAUUUAUCCUUCCUAUGGUAGCCUGAAAGGGUGUCUAAUGUCCUAUACGAGGCUUUUUGAAAUAAGGUAAAAAUAUGGAAAAUUCGGGUAUAUAUAUAGUCAUUGGAUUAUAAUUUUAUUGUUGCAAAUGACAGCCUUGAAAAUGUCAGUCACAUCACAAAAAGGGAGAAGACAUUCAAUUAUAGCAUUCAGACAAAUUUCCUUCAUCAAAUUGUAAGCCGAGUUUUUUCCUCCCAUAUUACGCUACUUUACAUUUCCAGAAACCUCUCCAACAUGGCCGCUGCAUGGUGCAUGCUGAUUCCAGUUUCCAAGUGUAUACAAAGAAACUGUUCUCUUGCAAUGUUAAAUCAUUCAUUAAUUAUAGAGGUUUCAACAAACAUAUUUAUUUAGGGAACGGUCAUUAUUUAUGGCUGGGGCAGGCAACGAAGAGAAACGUUUUUCUUAGUAAAAAUGUUGCUGAUCCAACCAUUAAAUAUUGAAAACAAUAUUUACCAAAACUCGAAUUUGAAUUGAAAAAAUAUUUACCCACCCCGGGCCAAAAACUUUACAUAUGGAUAUCAUUCAAUUGGCACACAUGUCCAAUUACGACUUUUAUGACAUGAGCUGUUUGAUAACUGCUUGUGCAAUUUUCUGCAGCCGUCUAAAGUGUCAUGUUGUCUGCACAUGCAUGUACAUUCUUUGGAGACACUAUUUGCCUCCUGGCAAAACGGAGAAUGAUCAAGAUUAUAGUGACACUGCAUGAUUGAUUUACAUAUUGUAUUAAUUCUCAUGCAUUGAUUGUUGGCGUUGCUUUUUUGGUCUCAAUAUUUGAGUUGGUCAUGUUUUGGAAAUGAAAAUUAAAAUAAGUUUUUAUUACGCAAACAUGAAGUAGUUUUGUUUUCAUUUAUCACAAUUUUGUUUGCCAUACAACCUUUUUCUUUUCACGACUUCAGUGCCACGUACCCACGCGCCAUAAAUAAUGACUGCUCCCUAAAUAAAACGAGUGCAAAAGAGAACGAAAAUACACAUACCCAAAGAGAAGGAAUUUUCUUUUAAAUUGGCAGGACAAAACAAGGGAUUGUUCUGAUAUUACCGCUAGUGGACCGCUUCCCAAUGGUGCGCAAUCUGCCAAAGUUGAGGGCAAAAACAAUUGGUUAGUCUACGGAGGAAAGAACGAGGCCGAGCCAAGUGCUGAGCUUGUUGCUGGAAAGGCUUACCCAAACGUGGAAAGCAUGGGAUUGCCGGCAGGCACCAUUAUCAAAAGCAUUAAAAUUAAAGCAUAAUGGUAUUGUAAAAGUAAAAACCUGAACAAUGUUUCAAGUUAAUUAUAUUUGUAUGUUUGAUUUCAAUGGUGCGUG